AUGGCGACAGAAGCUCACCACGACCUGCCGAACCGCGGAUCCUUCACCACCAGGGACAUCAUCCACGACAUAUGGGCCACGGUCAACCUGCCCCAGGAGGCGCUCGCGGCGCUGCACCUCCCCGGCGCAGACACAGGUCCGGCUCUCCCGUCGUCAUUCAAGAUCGGCCCCCUGGCACAAGCGUCGAUCGCGCUCUCUGCCCUCGCCGCGCGGCUCGUCCGCUCCACGAGCGAGGCGGCGGCGGACGGCGGCGGCGGCAGCCUCCUGCGCGCGGUGCGCGUGCCCGCCGCCCACGCAGUCAUCGAGUUCAAGUCCAACAGCCUGUAUGAGCUCCGGAGAAACGAGAGGCCGCUGCCUCGGUCGUCGCACAACCCGGUGGGCGGGAUGCACGGCGCGUCCGACGGGCACGUCCUCAUCCACGACCUGUUGCCCAACCACGUCGGCGCGGCGCUGGAGCUGCUCGGCCUGCCAGGCGACGCGACGAGGCAGCGCGUCGCGGGCAAGGUGGCGCAGUGGGACAAGACGGACCUGGAGGAGGCGGCCACGGGCGCGGGCGGCGCGGCCAUCUACGCGCUGCGCUCGUGCCUGUCGGGGCUGCGCGUCGUCGAGCUCACGCGCGUCAUUGCCGGGCCCCUGGCCGGCAAGACCCUGGCCGCCCACGGCGCCGACGUGCUGUGGGUGACGUCGCCGAGCCUGCCGACCGUGCCGGCGUUGGACGUGGACCUGGGCAGGGGAAAGCGGCACGUCCACCUCGACAUGCACGACGCGCGCGACAAGCAGCGGCUGCUGGAGCUGCUCCGGACCUGCGACGUCUUUGUCCAGGGGUACAGGCCGUCCAGCCUCGCCGCGCACGGGCUGUCCGAGGAGGAACUGGUCCGGGCGAACCCGGGCAUCAUAUGUGCCAGCGUGUCGGCGUUUGGCCCUGCCGGUCCGUGGGCUCGCCGUCGAGGCUUCGACAGCCUCGUCCAGGCCUGCUCCGGGAUCAACGUGUCCGAGGCGGAGCGCGCCGGCCAGGGGGAAACGUCCAGGGCGCUUCCGUGCCAGGCCCUGGAUCACGGAAGCGGCUACCUGCUCGCCACGGGCGUCAUGGCGGCCGUCCAUCACCGGGCCGUGCGUGGAGGCGCCUGGCGGGUUCACGUGUCACUGGCCGGGACCAUGAAGUAUCUACGCAGCCUGGGCCAGUACCCCGGCGCGACCGGAUUCGCCGUCAGUGACUAUGUCAAGGGCGAGAAUGUUCCCGCCGAGACGCUGGUCACGACCGAGACAGCAUGGGGCACCUUGACGGCCGUGAGGCACAGUGCCGAGAUCGAGGGCUGCGAAGUGGGCUGGGACUUGAUGCCCUGUCCCCCCGAAGACAACGAGGCCGUCUGGGCCUCGUGA